AUGAACACAUUUUACUUCCAUCUUCUUCUUGAGAAUCAUGCAAAACCAGAGCUUUAUUAAUGAGUUCAUACUCCUGGGGCUAUCUCAGAACACAAAAGUAGAGAAAAUAUUGUUUGUUGUGUUUUUGCUAGUCUACCUUGCAACUAUUGGUGGCAACACAAUAACCGCAGCAGCAAUUAUCUACAGCCCUGCACUGCUGGGAGCACCCAUGUACUUCUUUUUGGUAUUUCUGUCAUUACUAGAUGCCUGUACUUCUACUGUUGUAACACCCAUGAUGAUCGUAGGUUUCUUCUACGAAAGGAAGACCAUCUCCUUUGAAGGCUGCAUAGUACAACUAUUUGCCAUACACUUCUUUACUGCUGUAGAGGUGAUUAUCCUGUCGGUUAUGGCUUAUGACCGUUAUGUGGCCAUUUGCAAGCCCUUACACUACUCCUCCAUCAUGAACAGGAGGCUCUGCGUUCUUUUGGUUGGGGUAGCAUGGAUUGGGGGAUUCUUGCAUUCUAUCAUACAAAUUAUUUUCACCCUGAAGUUACCCUUUUGUGGACCUAAUAUCAUUGAUCAUUACAUGUGUGACUUGUUCCCAUUAUUGAAGCUUGCUUGCACUGAUACACACAUUUUUGUUAUUUUAGUAUUUGCCAAUAGUGGUUCUAUCUGCAUCAUUAUCUUCUCCCUAUUACUUGUCUCCUAUGGCGUCAUCUUGUUCUCUCUGAGAGCCCACAGUUCUGAAGGACGACGUAAAGCUCUCUCCACCUGUGGAUCCCAUAUUAUAGUUGUUGUUUUGUUCUUUGUCCCAUGCAUAUUAAUAUAUGCACGACCUUCAUCACCAUUCUCUUUUGAGAAAAACACACUUAUAUUUGCCAAUGUCCUGACACCAUUGCUCAAUCCAAUGGUUUACACAUUCAGGAAUAAAGAAAUGAAGAAUUCCAUCAGCAAAAUUUGGAAAAGACUGAUAGUAGUUUCUGAUAAAUAUUAA